CCCCCCCCGGUGCCUGACGGACCGUUGGGCCGCGAGGGGACCCCUUGUACCCCUCCCCCCUCGGUGCCUGGCGGACCGUUGGGCCCUGCCCUCCUUCCCGGUCCCGGGCUUUAACCCGCUGGGAGGAGACGGGGUUGCGGAUAGGAGGAUCCCGGCUCUCCUUGCCUCCGGGCUGGGAGGCCGGUCGGUAGCGUCGCUGGGGGAGAAGCUGCGUGUCCCCUCGGCUCCGGCGGCGAGCGUGGCCCUGGGUGGCGCAGGCCGGGUUGUGCGGGGGGGCGGGCGCCGGAGGGCGGCCGCGGGGUGUCUCACCCCUCCUGAGCUGUGCUCAGCGCUGACUGACGCAGUGAAAGCGCCUCGUACAGCGCCCAGCCUUGCCAGCGCCAGUUCAGCUCCCCUGGUACCAGCCAAAGUAGGAGCUCGUCUGCCCCUGUGGUCAGCGUUGCAUUGAUCAAGCUUUCUCAUGCACGAGAGGACAAGGCCUGAAAUUCUGUUACCUUACCAUAAAAAGGCCAGAACUAUGAUAGCAGUUGGACUUGGUGUUGCAACUAUUGCAUUUGCAGGUCGUUAUGCAUUCCGCCUCUGGAAACCAUUGGAGCAAGCAAUUACAGAGACAGCAAAGAGGAUUUCAACUUCUAGUCUUUCAUCUUACUAUAAAGGAGGGUUUGAACAGAAAAUGAGUAGGCGAGAAGCUAGUCUUAUUUUAGGUGUAAGUCCGUCUGCUGGCAAGGCCAAAAUCAGAACAGCCCAUAGAAGAAUCAUGAUUUUGAAUCAUCCUGAUAAAGGUGGAUCACCUUAUUUAGCAACAAAAAUAAAUGAAGCAAAAGACUUGUUGGAAUCCAGUGCCAAAAAUUGAAAUACUAGGCCUUAAAUAAAAAGAAACAGCUUUUUACACGUCUCAUUCUGUGGAAGAUCGAGCGGAUGCAUUGUGCAACAGCUUUCAUAUCUACUUCUUCUGCACAGCUUCUUAGAACUACAUUCAAUGUUUGUAUUUAUUGUCAUAAUUAAAGGUUUAAGACUACUUAAAAGUAAAUUGAAAUAUUUUAUAUGUGA